AUGGCAAGGAGUUGGAGAAAUUUCUCAAUCGCGCACCGAAUCCUUCUAUUGGCUGUAUUUUCAGAGCAGAUUCUCGCCAUUCCGAUAGACAACGGCGUUGAGGGUGACCCGGAAAUCGAGUGUGGACCUACCUCAGUCCUUGUCAAUUUCAACACGAGAAAUGUUUUUGAUGGACAUGUUUAUGUGAAGGGUUUUUAUGAGCAAGAUGGAUGCAGGAAUGAUGAAAAUGGAAGACAGGUAGCCGGCAUCGAGCUCCCGUUCGAUGCGUGCAACGUUGCCCGAACUCGAUCACUCAAUCCAAAGGGGAUUUUUGUCGCCACCACCAUUGUCAUCUCUUUCCAUCCGCAAUUCGUCACAAAGGUGGAUCGUGCGUAUCGGAUUCAGUGCUUUUACAUGGAAGCCGACAAAACUGUUUCCACUCAAUUGGAGGUUUCCGAGAUGACGACCGCUUUUCAAACGCAGCUUGUCCCGAUGCCAAUUUGUAAAUACGAGAUUCUGGAUGGUGGGCCAGCUGGGGAGCCGAUUCAAUUCGCAAAUAUCGGGCAACAGGUCUACCACAAAUGGACGUGCGACUCAGAAACGACGGACACUUUCUGCGCGAUCGUUCACUCGUGUACAGUUGAUGAUGGCAAUGGGGACACUAUUCAGAUUCUCAACGAGGAGGGCUGUGCUUUGGAUAAAUUCCUGUUGAACAAUUUGGAGUAUCCGACCGAUUUGAUGGCCGGACAAGAGGCUCACGUUUACAAGUAUGCGGACAGGAGUCAGCUCUUCUAUCAGUGUCAGAUAACGAUCACAAUCAAGGAACCAAAUGCAGAAUGCCAAAGACCUGAGUGCCAGGAGCCACAGGGCUUUGGAGCCUUGGCCAAAGAAGAACCACCGGAGACACCGAUUGGGGCAAAACCGCCAGCCGCUCAACCAACGCUUAGCACCACCACCCCAAAGGGAAUUCGAUUGUUGAGGAGAAAGAGAUCGAUUUUCAACGACGAGAACACGAUGGACGUGAGGGCCGAGUUGACGACGAUCGACAUUUCUGAGAAAAGCCUCGAUUUGUGCGUCUCGCCGGCGCUCGUCUUGAUGUUUUUCCUGGCGAUUUCCACGAUUUCCGUGUUCCUUUUCAUCUUCGGAGUCGCCUGUUAUCGUCGAGUCAAGAAGUCGGAACGGCUAUUU